AUGUCGGCACUGAGUCCACAACUGCUGACAGCGUGCCUGGCUCUUCCACUUCUUCCUCCAGGUGCCCACGGCUCAAGGGAGGAACCCGAGUUUGUGACGGCUCGUGCUGGCGAGAGCGUGAUUCUGGGAUGCGACGUGAUCCACCCGCUGACAGGGCAGCCCCCUCCCUAUGUGGUGGAGUGGUUCAAGUUCGGAGUCCCCAUUCCCAUCUUCAUCAAGUUUGGGUUUUACCCUCCCCAUGUGGACCCAGAAUAUGCAGGCCGUGCCAGCCUUCACGACAAGGCGUCUCUGCGCAUCGAGCAGAUUCGCUCUGAGGAUCAGGGCUGGUAUGAGUGCAAAGUGCUCAUGCUGGAUCAGCAGUACGACACCUUCCACAACGGCAGCUGGGUUCACCUCACAGUCAAUGCUCCCCCCACCUUCACGGAAACUCCCCCGCAGUACGUAGAGGCAAAGGAAGGCAGCAGCAUCACUCUGACCUGCAUGGCUUUUGGGAACCCCAAGCCUAUCGUCACCUGGCUGAAAGAAGGAGACCUCUUGGGUGCUGGUGGGAAAUACAAGGUAAGCGAUGGGAGUCUGACUGUCAUCUCUGUCGGCCGGGAAGACCGAGGCGCUUACACCUGCCGGGCUUACAGCAUCCAGGGGGAGGCUGUGCAUACCACUCGCCUGCUUGUACAAGGACCCCCGUUCAUCGUUUCCCCUCCAGAGAACAUCACCGUCAACAUCUCCCAGGAUGCACUGUUCACCUGCCAGGCCGAGGCGUAUCCGGGCAACCUGACUUACACUUGGUACUGGGAGGAGGAGAACGUCUACUUUAAGAAUGACCUGAAACUGAGGGUUCGGAUCCUGAUUGAUGGGACUUUGAUCAUCUUUCGGGUCAAACCGGAGGAUUCUGGGAAAUACACCUGCAUCCCUAGCAACAGCCUUGGCCGCUCACCAUCCGCCUUUGCCUACCUGACAGUGCAGUAUCCUGCCCGUGUGGUGAACAUGCCACCCAUCAUUUACGUUCCCAUUGGGAUACAUGGAUACAUCCGCUGUCCAGUUGAGGCAGAGCCACCAGUCACCCUCGUCAAGUGGAACAAAGAUGGACGUCCCCUGCGAGUCGAAAAGUAUUCUGGGUGGAACGUGAUGGAAGAUGGAUCAAUCCGAAUAGAGGAGGCAACGGAGGAAGCUCUCGGCACUUAUACCUGUGUGCCUUAUAACGCCCUGGGUACGAUGGGCCAGUCCCCCCCUGCCCGACUGGUACUGAAGGACCCACCCUAUUUCACGGUGCUACCAGGCUGGGAGUACAGACAGGAGGCAGGGAGGGAGCUGUUGAUCCCUUGUGCUGCUGCAGGAGACCCCUUUCCUGUCAUCGCCUGGAGAAAGGUAGGGAAGCCCAGUAGAAGCAAGCACAACACUCUUCCAAGUGGCAGCCUACAGUUCCGAUCCCUCAGUAAGGACGACCACGGGGAGUGGGAGUGUGUCGCUACCAACAUGGUCACAAGCAUUACUGCCAGCACUCAUCUUACAGUCGUAGGCACAAGCCCUCAUGCCCCAAGCAACGUGCGCGUUGUGGUUUCCAUGACCUCUGCCAAUGUCUCCUGGGAGCCCGGCUAUGAUGGCGGAUAUGAGCAGACAUUCUCAGUUUGGUACGGCCCUCUGAUGAAGAGAGCACAGUUUGGACCCCAUGACUGGCUGUCUCUUCCAGUGCCAUCAGGUUCUAGUUGGCUGCUGGUGGAUACCUUAGAACCAGAGACAGCAUACCAGUUCAGUGUCUUGGCUCAGAACAAACUGGGCACGAGCUCCUUCAGUGAGGUGGUCACUGUGAACACUCUAGCAUUCCCUGUAACAACUCCAGAGCCCCUGGUGUUAGUUACCCCACCGAGGUGCCUAACAGCCAAUCGGACACAGCAAGGAGUCCUGUUGUCAUGGCUUCCUCCAGCCAAUCAUAGCUUUCCAAUUGACCAUUACAUCAUGGAGUUCCGUGUAGGGGAGAGAUGGGAAAUCCUGGAUGAUGCCAUCCCGGGAAGCGACAGUGACUUUUUUGCCAAGGACUUGUCUCAGGACACCUGGUAUGAGUUCAGAGUUCUGGCUGUCAUGCAGGAUCUCAUCAGCGAGCCCAGUAACAUAGCUGGUGUGUCCAGUACAGAUGUAUUCCCACAGCCUGACCUAACAGAUGAUGGUUUGGCUCGCCCGGUGCUGGCUGGCAUUGUUGCCACCAUCUGCUUUUUGGCUGCUGCCAUCCUCUUCAGCACGCUAGCUGCCUGCUUUGUCAACAAACAACGCAAACGGAAACUCAAGCGUAAGAAAGACCCUCCUCUCUCGAUUACCCACUGCAGGAAGAGUCUGGAGUCUCCGUUGUCUUCCGGCAAGGUGAGUCCCGAGAGCAUCCGCACUCUCCGGCCCCCCUCCGAGUCCUCUGACGAUCAAGGCCCACCGGGCAAACGAAUGCUGAGCCCUAGCAAGGAGAAAGAGUUGUCUCUCUACAAGAAGACCAAGAGGGCCAUUAGCAGCAAGAAAUACAGCGUCUCCAAGGCUGAGGCCGAAGCUGAGGCUACCACCCCUAUCGAGCUCAUCAGCCGUGGACCAGAUGGCCGCUUUGUGAUGGACCCCUCCGAGAUGGAGCCCUCGCUCAAGACCCGCCGGAUCGAGGGCUUCCCUUUCGUGGAGGAGACGGACAUGUACCCUGAGUUCCGCCAGUCGGACGAAGAAAACGAUGACCCCAUGAUGCCCUCCUCUGUAACAGCCCUCAAAUCCCAGCUGACCCCUCUGUCCUCCAGCCAGGAGUCCUACCUUCAGCCACCAGCAUACAGCCCCAGGUUCCAUAGGGGCUUGGAGGGGACAGGUGCCCUCGAGGGUCGCCUGCAGGCCACCGGCCAGACCAGACCACCAGCCCCCAGGGCUUUUCACCACAGCCAGUUUUACGGUUACCUCAGCAGCAGCAGUCCUGGGGAGAUGGACCCUCCACCUUUCUACAUGCCAGAAGUCAGCCCUCUCAGCUCUGUCAUGUCCUCCCCUCCUCUGCACCCUGAGGGGCCCUUUGGACACCCAACGAUCCCCGAGGAGAAUGGGGAGAAUGCUUCCAACAGCACGUUGCCCCUGACUCAGACGCCCACGGGGGGCCGAUCCCCUGAGCCGUGGGGGAGGGCUGAGUUUCCGUUCAGCGGCCUGGAGGCUUCUCCCAUGAUAUUCCCUCACCAGCUCCAGCAGUGCAACGUGGCCGAGAGUGUACAGCCGAAGGCCUGUCUUCCUAGGGGGCCGCCCCCUUCCUCCCUCCAGGUCCCGGCGUCCUACCCUGGCAUUCUGCCCCUGGAGGCACCAAAGAGUUGGACUGGCAAGUCACCUGGCAGAAGCCAACCCUCUGUGCCCACCACCACCAAAUGGCAGGACAAACCUAUGCAACCUAUGGCAAGUCAAGGGCAGCUAAGACAUACCAGUCAAGGUAUGGGCAUACCCGUGUUGCCUUACCAUGAACCGUCCGAGUCAGUCGGCCACAGCGGCACAAGCACAUUCAGCCUGGACACCAGGUGGUAUGAGCCCCAACCCAGACCUCGGCCUAGCCCUCGGCAAGUCAGGAGGGCCGAGCCCAGUUUACAUCAGGUGGUGCUACAACCUUCAAGGCUUUCCCCUCUGACCCAAAGCCCCCUCAGCUCCCGCAACAGCUCCCCGGAGCUGACCGCACGUGCCAGACCGCGGCCGGGCCUCAUCCAGCAGGCAGAGAUGUCGGAGAUCACCCUGCAGCCCCCCGCAGCGGUCAGCUUCUCCCGCAAGUCCACCCCAUCAACUGGAUCCCCAGCUCAGAGCAGCAGGGGAGGAAGUCCCAGCUAUCGACCUGCUGGGGCCUUCACCUCUUUGGCCACUGGUUUCCCUUCCUCCCAGGGCUCCUCCCUGCCCGUGGACAGCAUGGAUGUUUUUGGAGAAAUUCCCUCUCCGAGGAGGGCUGGGGAGGAGAUUCUCAGACCAGAGCCUACAUCGACAACAUUAUCCACUUCGGGAAAACGUCCAUCUCCAUCCCAGAAUGCUGCUGCACCUGAGAGGCUCGAAGCUCUGAAAUACCAGCGGAUAAAGAAGCCCAAAAAGUCAUCCAAGGGCUCCUCGAAAUCCAAAAAACAAUCCAAUGGUUCUGCCUCCCAGGUUCAGCAACUUCCCAACUCUCAGGUACUGUGGCCUGACGAAGCUGUCUGCCUCCGCAAGAAGAAGAGACACCCUCGUCAGGACCCUUUCGCCCGCCUCUCAGCGCUGAAGGAUGACCUCUGUCAUCGGCAGCUUCCUGAAGACCAGACAGCUAUUCUCAACAGCGUGGACCAUGACGACUCCAGCGGGCAUGCCACCUUACUCUAGCGUAGUGCCAGCCCAAGAAGGUUCAAAUGGGGUGGGGGGAGGGAGCAGAGAUCUCAAGAACUACACACACAUUAGGGGAAAAGGUUUGGGGGGCGGGAAGGGAGGAGGUUGAGGGUGUGGAGAUGGGAUAUGAUCUCCAGGUCUGGCUCUCAUGCCAGUGGGCUGAGCACACUGGAUGCACAUAUUCUUUGGUAUUAACACACGGGAAACCAGCAUCCAGUCUCUGCCUACAGGGAGAGACUCCCCAUCCUUUCUGGGGAGCUUCUACUUCAAAGUUACUCAAGGAGGGGGCAGGAGGAAGGGUAUUUGAAACAAGGAGGAAAGUGCUACUCCUCCCUGUCUGCCCCCUCCACAAGGUUUGGCCUCUCUUUAGAGAAGCAGGAAAAGGUGAGGCUGGGAAGUGCAAUGCUAGGAGUGAAAGGAUUUAAAACUUCGGACUGUUGUAAGAAUUUGGUGUUCCUCGAAUCCACUUUUCUCUGUUACAGCUUCAGUUUUAUGAGCCCUGGAAGGCGGAUGAGAUUUUUCUCUCUUGGUUUCAAUAAUUUAUGUAUUGAUUAAGGAAAUCAUAGGUGCAAAUUAGACUGUGUAUUUAUACGGUGCGUAUUGAGGUAGGGAACGUGGAAGCAAACAAAUGACCGUGAAUGACAGGAAUAAUUAGGGUUACGCAGGAUGCAAUUCAGUGACAUGAAACAACCACGCCAGGUUGGAACUGAUGACCCAGUGAAUCUGAUUAUUUUAUAAUAAAAGAUUAAAGAACCACUACAGAAAAUUCUGGUUGUGCAAAAUCUUCUUGCCUGUCCACAUCUUUUUCUGUGAGGAAGAUGGUAACAAAAACACACGUGAAAUUUUCCCAGUCUGCCCCAACAUAGACAAACCCUCAAGAUAAGCAAAUAGGUGGAAUUGUGCAAAGCUGAACUUGUACGUAUGGAACCUUGUUAACGUGUACUAACAGUAAUUGGCAGAUGAGCAAGGACAGGCAUGUUUUUAAAAAUCCAAGGAUAUUUUAUUCCAGGCUCUACGUUGUUGAUUUUGAUGAGAGUGGUUUAGAUUAGUUUAUGAUGAUGCUUCAUAUGGUACUAGUAAAUGUCCUGUAGUACAAUUUGUGGAAUUUAAUGAAGUCUUGGUAGUAAUGAGAGCUUAAUACAAGGGUGUUUUGUAUUCUUUAAGCUUAGCUGCAAAAAGGGGAGGAGUGAGAACGGACUUUUCUGUCUGUCGAGUGCAAAUGAACAACAUCUGACUCUGUAACCCCC